AUGGCUUAUCCAUCGUACAAGUUAGACGAACGCGAACUGUUCGAGCGAAUUCGACGACUAGAGUUACGUGUGAACCAGAUGGACAAGUAUGAUUCGCUGGCAUUCACCCGACCCGAGGAUCGGGAUGCAAAUAAACCCGAAGGGAAACCAACGGAGGUGGAACUAAAGCCAUGGCCCAACUCUGCGAAGGGUUUGAAAGAAGUGAUUAUCUCAUUGUCCAGUCGUUUUGAAGAUCAGGUUAAUCAGCUGGAGUUUCGGAUUGCUCGAAUCGAACGGGAAUUGAAUCUUGUCGGUGGAACGACAGCUCAGACUGGUGAAACAAGUCUAUUGCAACUCAGUGCCGAUGUACGCUCAUUGAAGAAUCGUGUGUCCAAUCUGGAUCAGGACUUUGCAGAACUGAGUACCAAGUUGGACGACCGACAUCAGAAAGUGGUCACGGAAACGGAAAACAAUGUGAGUGAUAUCAAUUGUGUGGGAUCAAUUGGCGUGUGUUUAAUGUUGGUUGCUUUAUAG